AUGUCUAUCGCUCGUCUCUUCUUCCGCGAAAUGCGCCCUUUCUUCCACAUGUUGGAGGAGCCUCUCGGUCGCUCUCCGGCAUACAUGCGCAUGCCCCGAUCCCUGUUUGAAGAUCCAUUCCUGCAAUCAACCGCCGUUGUACCCGCUGUGGACGUUACGGAGGAGGGAGACAACUACGUGCUUGAGGCGGAGCUGCCAGGGGUGAAGAAGGAAAACGUCGAGGUCCGUAUCGGCGAAGGUGGACGGAGUGUCAUCAUCGAGGGCAAGAUCAUCCGUCGCUCUGAGUCUACCACCCCGGAGACUGCGUCGGGGGCGGGGCCCCAUUCGGGCACAGAGGGCAUCGACUUGGAAACGACUGAUGAGAAAGGAGUUGCACCACGGCCAGACCAGAAUAAGCUUUCUGUUGAACGUUCUUUCACAGGGAGCACGUCAUUCGCUCGCACAGUCUUUCUGCCACGCCAGAUCGACCCUACCAAAGUUUCCGCGAAGUUAGUUGACGGUGUCCUUACCGUGACCGUACCGCGGGCGACGGAGGACGUCAGCAGUGUGCAGAUCCCUAUUCAGUGA